AUGGAUUUGAACUAUCAAGACUUUAAAGAUUCAAAAAAUAAAGACAACCAAAAUGCUCUAGAGUUCUGUACUUUUAACAAUUCCUUGUCAGGAUGCAAACUUUUAUGCGAAAAUAACUUUGUUUAUGAAAUUCAAAGCGCAAUUAAAAUUUCCAAAGAAAAAGACUUCAAUGAAAUCUUCGAUUACCUACAGAAUAUUACUAACAUUGAUCAAGAUAGUAUAAAUAAAAGCGAUCUUGAUUUAGAAAAUACAAAUACUCAGAAUCAAAUUACAGAUCAAGAGGAAGUAAUGGAAGAAAUUAAAGAUACUGAAAUAACUCAUAUUGGUGAUGUAAAUCUGCCUGAAAUUGAUCAGAACAACGAGUUGAAUCCCAUCGAGAUAGCGACGCAGCAAAAUGAUAUAAAUAUUAAGCACGAUAAUCAAGAAAAUACUUCAGGAAACCAAGCAGCUCAAAAUAAUGAUCAAAUUCAAGAAAUUGAAAAAAUUGACAUCAAACUUACUGAAAAUAAUCAAAAAGAACCUGUUUAUACCGAACUGUCUCUUCAUGAAAAUGAUAGUACUGAUCAUAAUGAGGCUGUUGAAAGUAAAGAAAAUUUUGAUGUAGAUAAUUUAAAUAAAAAAGCAGAAGAAAAGCCUAAAGAUGACAUUUCCACUCAAAAGACUCAACAAUUAGAUAUAAAUAAUGAUACUCAACAGCAAAAUCCAAAUUCAGAAAACAUUAGCAAAGAAACGACCUCUGAGCAUCAAAUUUUAGAUAAACCUGGAUCAAAUACCAAUCUCCCAACUGCAGAUGCCCCAUCGGAAGAAAUAAUGAAAUCAGAUUUUGCCUGGAAUUCAUCAUCUGUUGAACCAGUUGAAGUGUUACCUCAAAAGACUGAUGAAGAAAUCUUCCAAGAAGCAAUACUCCAUUUCAGAGGUAAUGAGCCUCUAAAUUCUCUUCUCAUCAAGCACCCUGACUUCGCCUCAAAGCCUCUCCUCAAUGGAGAUCUUCCCCUUGUCAGCGCUGUCACGUCCAGAAACAUGAAAGCUCUAGAAAUCCUGAUUGAAAACAAAUCAGACGUCUUUUCCGUUUUCGACAGUUUACAAAAUGACGAAGACAGUCUUAAAUGGUUCAAAGACCGCAUGAUAGUGAAAAAGUACAUGAACGAGAGGAUGGAGGAAAGUAUCGUGAAAAAUGACAGAGAUUUAUUUGACAAAAUCGUCAAAAUCAACCCUCAAAUUAUUUGUGAAGGAAGAGGUGGUUAUGACACUUUUUAUCAUUUUAUCUGCUCACGAAACAACGUUGACCUUCUGAAAUCUGUGGAAGAAUACGCGAUAAAGAACAGGAGCAAAAUCCUAGAAGAUAUUCAAAACCCAGUAAUGAUUGCUUUGCAAAAUGGCUAUUGGCAGGAAUCUAUAUAUCUAUACUCUAUUGGAUUCCCUCUGUUUUCUGCAGAAGAAGAAAAGUACAAGCCACUUGAAGAUGCUUUCGUUGCGAAGGAUGAAGCAAAAAUAGAGAAAGAAUUUGAUAACUACAAUAAAUUUUUAAAUGGACAGUUGACAAAUGAUGGUUUGCCAAAGAACAAAACAGAGAUAAUCAGCGAAGUCAAAGAUGUUAUUAAAGACGUCUUGGACACGCAAAAUGAUAUGGAAUUGGAUUCAAACAAAAUUGUUUUAAUAUCCGACGAAUUCAAGAAUGAAGAAAGCGAGGUCAAAACAAAUUCUGAAAUAAAAGAAGAGGAGCCAAAGAAGGAAGAAAUCGUUGAUUUGGAAGAGAAAACUACUGAACAAGUAGUUGAGAAUGAUAAUGAGAGUGUUAAGUCUGUUGUUGAAGACAAAAUAGAAGAGAUAAAAGAAGGAAUAUUUGGAAAAGAAGACGAAAAUGAUUCAAAAAUUGACGAAGAAAUUGAGAGAGAAAAGAAACAGAAAGCAGAAGAGGAAGAAAAAAGAAAGAGAGAAAAAGAAAUCAAAGAAAGGAAAGCUUUGAUUGCAGACUUAACUAAAAUUGUAGACAAUGAUGAUCCUUCACUUCUAAAGGAUAAAACCGAUAACCAAAUUUUGACAGUAUACGAAUUCGGGACUUUGUUUGAAUAUUCUCAAUCAAAAGAAUCAAAGAAAGUAAGUCAAUUUUUGUUAGAAAACUACUCUCUGCAAAUAUUGAAGCAAACUGUUCUGCGAAACAAGACAGAUAUCAUUAAAUCAGUCAGAACAUAUGUAUUUAAUCAAAUAAAAAAAGAUUGGAAUUAUGAUUAUGCUGAAAAAGCUUUCAAAAAUGAUGAAGUUCUUCCGCUUUUCCAGGAUAAUUAUGGAAGGACACUAUUGACUGUAUCUUUGACAGAUCUCGAUAAAUCUGCGAAUGUUUUGAAACUCCUCUUGAAACAGAAAAAUAUCAAUGUCAAAUCUGCUUUAAAGAAAAUACAAAAUAACCAAAUAAGGCAGAAGAGCAUUUCAACUAUUAUUUUACUUUCGAUAGAAGAAGACAAUACUUCAAUAUUGUCAGAGCUCAAUAUUAACUCUAAUUACCUUGUUAAUGGAGUGAAAAUUUUGGAGAUCUGUGUUGAAAAGAAGGCAACAAAUUUUGUAAAGUAUUUCAACGAAGAUCCUGAUAUUUUCAAAUAUUUCGUCAAAAGCUGUCAAACAGAUGAUGUUGAAUUCAUCUCAAAUGCUUUCCAGAAACAAAUGAAUGAAAUGAAGACUUCAGAACCAUUUUUGGAAGCGCUAAAAUACAAAGCAUUCAAAACAGCCCUGUUACUUCUGCCUCUUACUCCAAAUAUCUUCGACUAUGAAGGAGAUAUCAAGAGCUCACAGAACGAAGAAUUAAUCUGCGCAUUCAAGACUUAUAAGCCAUCAAUCGAAAGGAUUAUUAGAAGUGACAGAAUUGAUUAUGCUGAACACUUGACUCUUGAUGAAAUCAUAAAAGAAGAUGUUGUCAAGAGAUGUCUUGAACUGAAUUCUCAUACUGUUUUAGAAUUUAUCAUCAUGAAAUAUACAAAAGAAAUUAUCAAAUGCGACAAUUUGGCAAGGAAAUACUCUGCAAUAAUGAUUGCAAGAGAUUUCGACCCUUCUUUCAUAGAAAAAGUAACUGAUGCAUAUCCUGCAAUCAAGAGAUUUAAAGUCGAUGGCAAAUCCUUGCUUUAUCACGCAGCACGAAAGCAGAAAUACAAAGCAUGUAAAUUGCUUUUCCCUCCUUCAGAUGAAAAUGACAUUGUUUUGCUCUCAAAGGAGCAGUGCUCUAAGAUGCAUCCUUACUUCGUGAGGUGGCUGAUUUUAUAUGGAAAUAAUGAUCAGAUUUUAAAGGCAAGUCAGGUCAAUCCAUCUCUUUUCAUAUCUACAAGAGUCACAGAUAAAAAUGUAACUUACUUCCCAUUACAGUUUGCGGAAAAGAAUUCGGUGAAAGCUAGUGAACUUAUCAAAGAAAUAUGCUCUUCUUAUGUUCAGCAAAAAAAAUCAAGUGAUGAGAUGUCUAAUUCUAAAUCUUCUGCUUCUAUUUCUACAAGAAGAAGUAUUUCAAAAGUUAAUUCACCACAGAAAUCAAAAUAUUCUCCAAAACAUGUUUAA